CGGGGCGCGAUGCGGGCGGCGCUGCGGGCCCGGCUCGGGUGGGCGCGGCGGGCGCUGCUCGGGGCCGGGCUGGGCCGCGCCCCGGGGCCCCUGUGCUGGAGCUGCGGCACCGCGCUCCCCGCCACCGACGGGCCGCCGCGCUUCUGCCCCGCCUGCCGGGCCCUGCAGCCGCCGGCGCCGCGGCCCGACCUCUUCCGCCUGAUGGACUGUGACCGCUCCUUCCGCAUCGACGCGCGGCAGCUGCAGCGGCGGUUCCGGAGCCUGCAGCGCGCCGUACACCCCGACCGCUUCGGCCAGAGGCCGCCGAAAGAGCAGUACUACUCUGAGCAACACUCUUCCCUGAUCAACAAGGCCUACCAGACCCUGCUGAACCCUCUGAGCCGGGGCCUCUAUCUACUGGAGCUGAGUGGAGUGGAGCCAGCACAAGAAACAGACUGUGAUGCAGACUCAGCAUUCCUCAUGGAAAUCAUGGAAAUUAAUGAGAAAUUAGCAGAGUCAAAAAAUGAGAAUAUCAUUGAAGAAAUUGAAACUUUAAUUAAAGUUAAACAAGAAGAACUGACCAGAGAGCUGACUGCAGCUUUCGAAAGAGAUGAUCUUCAAGAAGCUAAGAAGCUUCUAGGAAAAAUGAAGUAUUUUGCAAACUUAGAGGAUAAACUAAAGACCAAGAAGAUCCCUUCCUGAUGCUGCUUCCUUUGGGAUUAAUAAUUAAUGUUAUUUUCAAUUAAACAGAUAGUUAUCAAAAUCGGACAAA